AUGGGGAGGAAGGUGCUCCUGGCCGUUGUCUGCCUCUGCCUGCGCUGGGUGGCUGCCCUCGCCGAUGAUCCUAAUGCUGAAGCUGAGACCAAUUUUGAGGGAAUUGAGAGCAAGUUUUCCUUACGGACACCUGCAGAGCCCGAUGAGGAUGUCUGCUACCUGGUUCCUGGGCAGGUGGACAGCCUGGCACAGUGCAAUUUCAACCAUACCAGUAAAACCUUUGUGGUGAUCCAUGGGUGGACGGUGACAGGAAUGUAUGAAAGUUGGGUCCCGAAGCUGGUGGAUGCUCUGUACAAGAGGGAACCUGAUUCUAACGUCAUUGUGGUGGACUGGCUAACUCGAGCUCAGCAGCACUACCCAGUGUCUGCUGCAUACACUAAGCUGGUGGGAAAGGAUGUUGCUAUGUUCAUUGACUGGAUGGAGGAGCAAUUCAAUUAUCCUCUCAACAAUGUCCACUUGCUGGGGUACAGUCUAGGUGCUCAUGCUGCUGGGAUCGCUGGGAGCCUGACUAAGAAGAAGGUGAACAGAAUUACUGGGCUGGAUCCAGCUGGUCCUACCUUUGAGUAUGCCGAUGCCCUCACCCGCCUCUCCCCUGAUGAUGCUGACUUUGUGGAUGUCCUACACACCUACACUCGAGGCUCUCCAGACCGCAGUAUUGGCAUCCAGAAGCCUGUUGGACACAUUGAUAUUUAUCCUAAUGGUGGAGGCUUCCAGCCAGGUUGCAACUUGGGAGAAGCACUCCGUCUGAUUGCUGAAAAAGGCUUUACAGAUGUGGAUCAGCUGGUGAAAUGCUCCCAUGAACGAUCCAUCCACCUCUUCAUUGACUCCCUGCUCUAUGAAGAAAAGCCCAGCAUGGCCUACCGCUGCAACACAAAGGAGGCUUUUGAGAAGGGUCUCUGUCUGAGCUGCAGGAAGAACCGCUGCAACAAUUUGGGUUAUAAAGUCAAUAGAGUGAGAACGAAGAGAAACACUAAAAUGUACUUGAAAACCCGUGCUCAGAUGCCCUAUAAAGUCUUUCAUUACCAGGUCAAGAUCCAUUUCUUUGGAAAGACUAAUACAACCAAGACAAACCAGCCAUUCCUGAUAUCUCUCUAUGGCACUCUAGAUGAGAGUAAGAACAUUGCUUUCACACUGCCUGAAGUCUCCUCAAACAAGACCUUCUCCUUCUUGAUUUACACAGAAGUGGAGAUUGGUGACCUCCUUAUGUUGAAGCUGCAGUGGGAGAAAGACACCUUCUUCAGCUGGUCAGACUGGUGGACUCCUUUUACAUUUGACAUCCAGAGAGUCAGAGUGAAGUCAGGAGAAACUCAGAAGAAGGUGGUGUUCUGUUCUAAAGAUGGCACCUCACGUCUCAGUAAGGGAGAAGAGGCGGCGAUAUUCGUGAAAUGCUUGGAGCAGCCUGUCAACAGGAAGAGAGGAGGUGCCAAGAAAGCCUCUAAAGAAAAUUCUGCUCAUGAAUCUGCAUAA